UCUGAUGCAGAAUGGAACCGAAAAUUUAUUGAAUGGUUUAAAGUUAGGGUAAGUAAUACAUAAAACAUUAAAUUUGACAUUUUAAUGUUGUAUUAAUCAUUCUAAAAUAUUCAACUUAAUUUGUUCAUAGGUUGCACAAUUGUAUAAAGAAGAUAAUAGUCGGAUCAUGGAAGAUCUGCUCUCACUUUCACGUGGCCCUACCGGAUAUUCGACACAUUCCAAUGGUUACAUUGUCAAUGGAUAUAGAUUUCAUGCAGAAGAUCAUGAUAAAAACUUAAGGACUCAAAAUUGUGGUGUUGUUGUAGUCGGUGAGAAUGAUAAAGAUAGUGAGAACCUUGAUUACUAUGGAGUUUUAACAGAUGUGAUUGAAUUACAAUUUGUCAUGCAGAGAAGAGUGAUUUUGUUUCGAUGUAAUUGGUUUGAUGUGUAUGAUAAAAUAAAAGGAGUUAAAAAAGAUGAAUAUGACUUUGUGAGUGUUAAUCCAAGGAGAUUUUUGAAAACAAAUGAGCCUUUUAUUUUAGCGGAGCAAGCAUGUCAAGUAUUUUAUGCUAAUGAUAAUUCCAACAAAGGUUGGCAUGUAGUGAGAAAGACUCAACCUCGUGAUUCCUAUGAGAUUGUGAAACAAAUGGAUGAUGAUAUUGUAGACUUAGGAAAUCCUUCUCAAAAGAAACGAAAAAGAACUGAUGAGGUUCAUUAUGAAACCACUAAAGACUGAAAAUGAAGUGGGAUCAAGUAUGAAGACUACUACCAAAUAUGCAUUCAUCGCGCCAGGUGCUAUAGGAAAGGGACGAGGACGAGGAGGGCUUAGAUCUUUGAUUGGGAAAGAGAAUAUGCCAACUAAGAGUUUAUUUCCUCAAUCUAGUGAUAUAGUUAAGCAAUAUAUCCAAGAAAUUGAAACAAAUGCUAUAGAGAAGGGACGGGGACAGGGGCUUAAAAACUCUACGAUAUCUUCUAGUCAAGGAAUAGGAAUGAUACAUAAAAAUUACAUGGUUCUUGAGAAAGAGUAUAUGGAAAGUGAUAGUCCAUUGCCUCCAUCCACUGAUCAACUUGCGCAAUACACCCAAAAAAUUGAAACAAGUGCUAUAGGGAAGGGACGACAACAAGAGCUUAAAAACUCUACCAUGUCUACUUGUCAAGGAAUGGGAACGAUACAUGAAAACUCCAUGGUUCUUGAGAAAGAGUAUAUGCAAAUUGAUAGUACAUUGCCUCCAUCUACUGAUCAAGUAAAUCAAUACACCCAAAAAUUUGAAAUAAGUGUUGCAGGGAAGGGGCGACGACAAGGUCUUAAAAACUCUACCAUGUCUGCUUGUCAUGGAAUGGGAACGAUACACAAAAACUCCACGGUUCUUGAUAAAGAGUAUAUGCAAGUUGAUAGUCUAUUGCCUCCAUCUACUGAUCAAGUUAAUCAAUGCACCCAAAAAUUUGAAACAAGUUCUAUAGGGAAGGGAAGGGAGAAAACACCUAGUUCUUUGUGCUCCUCUUUAGGAGUUUCUGAAAAUGAGAUGGAACCUUUCCACCAGAGUGUUAUUUAUGCUAAUCAACAUAUGCAUACUCCUUCUAAAACUACAAGAUCAUAUCCUGCCAUGUCUUCUGGUCAAGGAAUGCGACCAAUGGAUAAAAACCCCUUGAUUCUUGAGAAAGAGCAUAUGCAAACCGACAUUUCAUUGCCUCCAUCAACUGAUCAAGUUAUGCAACACUCCCAAACACAAGUGAAACAAGUAUGACAAUUUUUCCAUGUGUUAUUAAUUUGUAGAAUCGAAUUUUAUUACUGUAGUUUUUACCAAAUUAUGCAAAUGUAGGUUCAUCUAAUCCUAGAAAGGUAAAAAGAGUUCGUGGGAGGAACAAGUGCAAAGAAGUUGCAUCUCUUGAAGUUGGACAAAAGCUAAAAGUAACUUUUUACAAUAAUCGAACGGUUGGAACAAAUGGCAAUCUGUUUUCGAGGCAUUUGGGACGAAUAGUUCGUGACCGUAACAUAUGUCCGUUGGCAGUAUCAUCAUGGAAUGAUAUUAAGCAAGAAAAGUUGAAUCACAUGUGGGCAGCUGUUGAGGAUAAAUUUGAGAGUGUUGACAUGAAUGAUCAUCGUGAUCAUAUCUUGGAAUGGAUGAAAGAGUUAUGGAACAAAUGGAGAGGAUACUUGCAUGCAACCUAUGUGAAGAAUAAGCCAAUCCAACAGGCUCUUAAGAAUUUUCCAAAGGGAGUAGACAAGAAAGAUUGGGAGUGGUUAGUAAAAGAA